AUGGACAAAAAAUCGCUCAUGUUAAACAAUCUCAGGAUCUCGACUGAGGGAUUAUACAUUCUCCGGGAGGCACUUGGGCUCGAGGGAGACCAGCCUGAUUUCACUCGCCCCAUCCUGCUUGCGAUCGACUUUGAGCAGACCGAGAACUUUAUGAAUGGGUUUUCCCAGAGCGAAAAAUGCCAGGUCGGCCUCGCGGCCCUCGAUACGAGAGAGUUGCAUACGUCACCGCCAGAAAAACUGAUAUCAACAGAGAGCCUGAUCUCGGGGCCUUCCUCCUACACAUCCGUGGUGUCAAAUAAUGUCCUUUUCGGAACAACAACGGUCAUAAAACCAGCUGAGAUCCUGCAGAAGAUUCAGGACCUCAUCCCUAGCGAUCGGGACAUCAUUCUGAUCGGACACAACGUGCGGGUAGAGCUCCGAAUACUGGUGAGGCUGGGCUUCACCUUCUCCUCGCGCAUCUCCAGCAUCAUCGAUACAUGUGAUGUUGCUGACGAGGUCCUCGGGCCCCCUCACUACUCCCUUAGGAAGUUGCUGAAAACCCUCUGCUGCCCGGCCGAUCGAUUACACACCGCCGGGAACGAUGCUCAUUUCACGCUGAGGGCCUCGCUACUACUAGUAGCCCGCGAUUUCCCAGACCAGGAUCAUCCCACGAUUGGCAUUUUGAGAAACACUGCAAUGGAUCCGCUGCCUCACUUGGUACGGCUUGCAGCUAAGGAAGCCAUGAGAAAGGGGAGGAAGAGUGCAUACCUGAACAGCAAGAAGUACCAAGCCCGGUUUCGGACCGCUGAGCAGAUAGCUGAGAUUCGCGCUGAGCGUGCGGCCAAGAAGGCGAGACAGAUGGGUGUUGGCUACCCAGUGGUGAAAUAG